UGAACCUGCAGGCGACCUCCACGUGAGCUGACACUUACAUAAUAAUAACAAAAAGAACAAUGUGCGAUUGAAAGCAAACCACAGUCUCGGCUCAUCAACAUAUUUGACCCGCAAUCAAUGAUUAGGAAAUAAAUAUUUUAUUUAGAAGGGCUUUAAAAAAAAUGUCCUCUUCAGAUAGUGAAGUGAUGCUGAGCGGAAGGGGGCGGGGCUAGAGGAAAUAGGAAUUUAGUGUGCUGAUGCGGCAUCCUCACAAAGCGACUGAACAUUUGAUCCCAUUUUAGACCUUUAUUUUGACACUCUUUUCUUUGUUGUUGGAUCUCAUGACUGACGGACAAAUGGUUCUGUCAGACUUCACAGCAGACGAGAAGAUGGAGCUGGAGAGCAUCAAGAUUUACAAGAAAGAACUUCUGGACGACAUCCAGAAGCUGAAACUGCAGAUCGACAGCGUCAUGGCCGAGGUGCUCAGCUUUGAGUCGGCCGAGGCUGAGGAAAGAAGCAUGGGGAGGAAGCAGUUCUCCAACGGCAAGAAGAAGUUCAACAUGGAUCCCAAGAAGGGUAUAAAUUUCCUGCUGGACAACAAGCUGCUGGACAAAGACGCACAAUGCAUCGCAGAGUUCCUCUACAAGGAGGAGGGACUCAACAAGACGGCCAUUGGAGACUUCCUGGGAGAAAGAGAUGAGCUCCACCUGCAGACCCUGAAGGCCUUUGUGGAACUUCAUGAGUUCUCUGACCUCAACCUGGUCCAGGCACUCAGGCAAUUCUUGUGGAGUUUCCGUCUGCCCGGCGAGGCCCAGAAGAUCGACCGCAUGAUGGAGGCCUUCGCCGGACGCUACUGCGAUUGCAACGUCAACGUCUUCCAGUCCACUGACACUUGCUACAUCCUGUCCUUCGCCAUCAUCAUGUUGAACACCAGCCUGCACAACCCCAACGUGAAGGACAAGACCACGCUGGAGCGCUUCGUCUCCAUGAACAGAGGCAUCAACAACGGCGAGGACCUCCCCCGCGACCUGCUCUCGAAACUUUACGACAGCAUCCGGAACGAGCCUUUCAAAAUUCCGGAGGACGACGGGAACGACCUCACUCACACGUUCUUCAACCCAGACAGAGAAGGAUGGCUGCUAAAACUUGGAGGUCGAGUGAAGACGUGGAAGAGGCGAUGGUUCAUCCUGACUGACAGCUGUCUCUACUACUUUGAGUUCACCACCGACAAGGAGCCCCGAGGCAUCAUCCCUCUGGAGAACCUUUGCGUCAGAGAAGUUCCCUUCCCCCGCAAGCCUUACUGCCUGGAACUGUACAACCCCAACAGCCGAGGCCAGAAGAUCAAAGCGUGCAAGACGGAGACGGACGGCAGGGUGGUGGAGGGCAAGCAUCAGUCGUACGCCAUCUGUGCCACCAGCGCCGAUGAGCGCGACUCCUGGAUCGCCGCCAUCAGGGCGAGCAUCACCAAAGACCCCUUCUACGACCUGGUGUCGCUACGCAAGAAGAAGCUGAUCACGCAGAACCAGAACCACCAGGACUGAACUGGAGGUUUGUUGGCAUCAACCAAGAGAAGACUGCAGUGGACAUCAGAACCGGGCCAGUGACACUGGAGACUUGUGGGACUCUUGUGAGUUUUCACCUUUGAGUUUUGAAAUUUUUUUUUUGUGUGUGUUUUCUUUUUUUUUUUUUGGACGUUUGAAGAGGACACUCGAAGAAAGUGGACUUGGUUAAAGCUUGAAAGCAGCAAAGAGAUUCUGCUCUGUCUUGAGCUCCAUGGCUUCCUGUUCCUCCUGUGCUGAGCUCAACGCGUUCAACUUCUGCUUUCAUAUCUGGAGGACGAGGACAGAAAUAAUCUUAUUCUCGGUAAGAAGAUAAAGAUAUAAAGAUAGCACUGUCCUCAUAGUGCACCGCGGGGGAACAAACUUUUUUUCCAGUGGACGGAAACGUACUUUACAGGUGUUUAAAAACUACAUUACCUCGUCAAGGAGACUCUUUUUUAUAAUAAUAAUUUACUAUUCUUAUCUGCAAUAAUAAAAUUGUACAUAAUAAACAUACCUGUCAAAAAAGAGCAUCACAGUCUUUGCAGCGACGCAAUUUCCAGGCGUACGUACGCUGCCCUCAAGUGGCCAGACGUGGUUACUGCAUGUGCUGCUGCAUUUAUUCAUAUUUUACAUCAUUCAUUUUACAGAAUGAAAACAAAGUGUGACAAUGCCAGUCUGGUUCAGGUCCACAAAACCUCAGGAGGACACGUGAGCCUCAAAUCUGGCUACAUUAUAAUAUGAGAUGGACAAAAAAAAGUAUUAUCAAAGGAUGAAUAUAUUUCUACAUAUUCUACUCAAAGACCGGCUAGAUUUAAACCCUGUAAACAUUUUAAACCUUACCCGAUUUUCACCUCAAUUUUGUAAAACAAAUUAUUCACAUUUUACAUAACGAUUUGAUUGUUACCAUGUUGUUGUUUAAACAUGCAUGAACUCUUUGAGAAAGUCUGUCAAUAAAAUAAAAAUAACGACUAGUGUGAGUGAAAGUCACUUCCUGACAGCCUGUUUGUACUACUGCGUCUUACCGCCAGGGGGCAGUAACGCACCGUCGACCUCAUUCUCUCCAUUCUAGUACCAUUCGUCCCUAGUUUAUAGACUUUAAUUGGUUUAGUGUUAAUAAAUUGCUUAUAUUCAUAGUUAUAGCAUAGAAAAGCUGUUUGUGGCUUUCAAAAUAUGGGUUUUAACAUUAUUAGAGCCCUGUAGACAUGAAAUAACACGCCUGCAGUCACCUUUACACUUCUAUAAUUCAUUGUUUACAACAACUCUUAUUCUGCAGGGACACGAGGCGGCCGCUAGCUAGCGAGCUAACCAGAUAGCCUUGAAUUUAGUUAUUCUAAACUUCCAGGGAUAGUUGGGAUUGUUUGUAUGGCAUCCCCAUCAGCAGUGUAGUGCAUCAAAGGUGACUUACCCCCCACUCCUGUGAGCCGAGUUCUGGUCGGAUUUGUGUGAUGAGGAAUGUAGUUCCGGUUAGUUGGUGGGGCCAUUUACGUAAAGAGUAGCAAUGUUUCAAAAUUUUUAAAUGUGUAAAAUCAAGUCUGUGAUUAAUUCUAUCUGAUAAAGCAUGGCUGGAACUUCAAUUUGACACAUCAUUCACUUCUCUACUCCAAAUAUUAAAGAAGUUAGAGCAGAUUUUAUACCGGAAAAUAGUGCCUUUGGUCCCCGUUGCUUUAACAUUGAGUCAAGACAAAAGCUGUCAUCGACCCGCGGACUUUGGCAAGUACAGCCGUACUACUAAAUAUAUCACAACUUGGGCUGCGAACAUCUGUUUUAAGAGUCAACAGAGCAGCCAUUUACAUUUUUUGGAUAAUCAAUAAGUCCAGGGAAGAAGGAGAAGUGUCAUAUUUUUCACGUGUUUGCCUCACACUGCUGUGGAUUCAUUCCUUUUGGCCCCACACUAACCACACUGCAAACGCAACAUGUAGUAUUUCCGGGCCAAAAAAACCUCCAUAUUUCGCACAAUUCAAUUUGAAUGAAAUCUCGUCUGCAGAUAGAUAUUCAAGUAAAUGAAUAUCCCAUAUACCUUUCAUCUUGUCCUAAAGCUUCCGUCCGUGAGUUUGAAAGGCUUUAAGUUGUACUUCAUUUUCCAAGCACUAAUUUCACUUGAUUUGGUCCAACGCUCAAAAUAAAUCACAUACAAAAUUGAAGAGGAAGAAGUAAUCUGCCUAACAAACAUGCAUACGAAUGAAAAUACGCCCCAUAUCCUAUGAAAAAAUUGCAAUUUUAAUGACGUCUCCUUACAGAGCGCGCACGCUCAGUGUCAGAUUUUUUCAUUGCUAAAAUACGGGUUUUGUAACGUUGCUACAAAGAGUCUGGCUUCUCAACAAAAACAUGCGUUCAAAAGAGUAAUACAUUUGCGUCACAAAAAUGGCUCCUCGCCGUUACUUUCUCUCCCGUUGCAUCCGUUGUAUCACUGCGUGCUGUCGCCCGUCUGUUGUUGUG